GACGGAACAGACGACAGUAACACAGCCGGUACAUCAUUCGCAUGAAGACUCAUUCUAUGACUUCAUGCUAUAGGGUGCAGUGCUGUGCUGUCCUUUUGCUUCCUUGUUUUUACUGAUAAUGUUACAUUGAUCGGAUUGUCUGUACAAUAUUAUUGCAAAAAGAGUUGUACGGGUACAUUCUGUAAUAAACACGGAUUCUUUAGGCCUUAAAGUACUCUGGAAGUGACUGAAAAAUAUGGUUCUCCAGCACUUACUCGAGCAGUCAUUGGAAACGAAGAUAUUCUAUUCAGUACUACUUUUUUCCUGGACCGUUUAUCUGUGGGAGGCGUAUCUUGCGUACAGACAGCGAAAGAUCUACAGAACUACCACUCAUGUUCCUUCUGAGCUUGGGAAGAUUAUGGACCCUGAGACCUUUGAGAAGUCUCGGCAGUACCAGCUGGAUAAAAGUACCUUCAGCUUCUGGUCUGGCCUCUAUUCAGAGACUGAGGGCACAUUAAUACUCCUUUGGGGUGGAAUUCCAUUUUUGUGGAAUGUAUCUGGACAUCUAAUUGGUCGCGCUGGCUUUGGAGAAGAGUAUGAGAUCAGCCAAUCAUUGGUGUUCCUUGUGCUGGCCACUUUGUUCAGUGCAGUUACAGGACUUCCAUGGAGUCUUUACAAUACUUUUGUUAUUGAAGAGAAGCAUGGGUUUAACCAGCAGACCCUGGGUUUUUUCUUCAAAGAUGCCGUUAAAAAAUUUUUGGUAACACAGUGUAUCUUGCUCCCAGUUACCUCACUUUUGCUGUAUAUCAUCAAAAUUGGAGGAGACUACUUCUUCAUUUAUGCUUGGCUUUUCACGCUUGUUGUUUCUUUGGUACUGGUGACAAUAUAUGCAGAUUAUAUUGCUCCUCUAUUUGAUAAGUUCACCCCUCUUCCUGAUGGAGAGCUGAAGAAUAACAUAGAAGAAAUGGCUCGGAGUAUUGACUUCCCCUUGACAAAAAUAUAUGUUGUGGAAGGUUCAAAACGUUCUUCCCACAGCAAUGCCUACUUUUAUGGAUUCUUCAAAAACAAGAGAAUAGUGCUUUUUGAUACAUUACUUGAAGAUGUCUCCCCUCUAAACAGUAGUAGUACUGGAGAAGGUACUGGACUAGAAGCUGAGAGACCACCAGCAGAUGGUUCUGAAAAUGAAGAUAUGGAUAACAGUCAUAAGGUGAAGAACAAAAAGCAGGGUUGCAACAAUGAAGAGGUUUUAGCAGUACUGGGACAUGAACUUGGCCACUGGAAGCUAGGACAUACUGUGAAGAACAUUGUCAUUAGCCAGGUGAACUCCUUCCUCUGUUUUUUCCUUUUUGCAAUUUUAAUUGGUCAGAAGGAGCUGUUUUCUGCCUUUGGCUUCCAUGACUCACAGCCCACCCUGAUUGGACUUCUGAUUAUCUUCCAGUUCAUUUUUUCUCCUUAUAAUGAGGUUCUUUCUUUUUGCUUGACCGUCCUCAGCCGACGGUUUGAGUUCCAAGCAGAUGCUUUUGCCAAGCAGUUAGGAAAAGCUGAAGACCUCUAUUGUGCCCUCAUCAAGCUGAAUAAAGACAACUUAGGAUUCCCAGUGGCUGACUGGCUCUUUUCCAUGUGGCAUUACUCCCAUCCACCAUUGCUGGAAAGACUGCGUGCCUUAAAAGUUAUAAAACAAGACUGACUGCUGCUCUUGUGAUGAGAAAGGAGAUCUUUCAUCUCAGGACAAAAGUUGACCAUUUUUGCAUUUGUUUAUAUUGUCACAGUUUCAUUCCAUUUUGACAUGCCUGAAGUAUUGAGGGGUUGAUUGUCCUGUUGCAUUUUUUUAUUUGUUUACGUGAAGUUAUAUUGUGUUGGGUGAAUACUACCUGUUUGCAUCUGUGUAGUAGAUAUGUGCUAAGUUUUUGUUAAAGCUAGACUGGUAGAAAUUGCUCAUCAUGUUAAAAAAGGAAGAUUUUAUAACUCACCUUCUGUGGCUGGUUCACUAGAAAGGUGUCUGCAGGAGACCGAGUGCAUACAUCAGCCUCUUGAAGUUGUAUAUUGGGGGGAUCUUUAUCAAAACAGUGAGAGAAGAAAAUCAGUUACAUUGGUAAAAAUAGAAAGAUGUAGGACAGAUGCUGAAAAUUAUUAAGAAUUAAUCCACACAGUUUUUGUUAAAACAGCCAUAGUGUGUUUUCUGUUUGUACUCUUAUGAGUAGUUCCUUAUCAAAGCUGCUUCUGUUAAAAUAGUUUUAAAAUCCUUUGGGAAAUCUUCAUCUUUUAUUUUGCGUGACUUCUAUGUUCCCUGGCCCAGAGACUGGAGUUGCAUUUCUGCAUAAGUGUAAGUCAGCACAGGGACAAAACUCUGCUUCACCACCCUUAAUGCAUACGUUUACAACUUAGGUUGUUUUAAUGAGACGCAAGUAUAACAGUGGUUUAUUCUAAGAACAUGAAAAAGUUUCUAAACAGUUUACAUUUUAUUUUUUAUUUUUGUGUGGUUAGGCAGCAGAUGUGUAUUUCCCCUUUUUAAAUUGCAAAAUUGUACACGGACAAAAAACGAAAAAUAUGUUUCACUUGUCUGGCAGCACAGAAGAGUAAAUCUGUGAGCUGUUAGGCCAUGUCCUGUAGUCAAGGGCUUGAUUUCCUUCAGCUUCCAUUUUCCUGCUGUGCGACUCUAAGCAAGUCUCUUAACCACACAGUGUUGCUUCCAGGCUGAGUCUGAAAAACUGGCCCAAGUGGAUCAGUGCUCAACGCCAGUUAACAAAAUUCAAAAUAAAAUAGACAUUUUCUGUACUAUAACUCAUAAAAGUAUGUCUUUGUAAAAUGACGCAGUGUUCCAGAUUAAAUGUAAGUAUAUCCAGUAACACACAAGUGUUUGCUUAGUUCAAAUGCUCAGUUGUCAAAUCAUGAAGAAAACAUAAGUGGGGGCUACAUUUUACUGAAACCAGAAUCACCAAGGACUGUAGAACUGUUAGUAACAGUACGCAUCUUUAUAAAUAAUGCUAAGCAGGAAAACCAGGACUAGAUAUGAGCCAUGUAUCUACAUAUUGUAUUAUUUUGCUUGUUUUUGAAUGAUCUUCUAAGUAUUGAAAUUUCUAAAAAUCACAAAAUAUUUAAAAUUUUAAUAGCCUUUUGAUUUUAGUGAUAGCUGGGCAGAAACUACUAUAGAAAAUAUUGGAAUGACUAGACAAAAAUGCAUUACAUACAAAAAAAUAUGGGCCGUAUAAAAUGGUUGCUUUAACAUUG